AUGGUUUUCGCCAAAGAGCCUAUCCGAUGCAAGAUAGUAAUUAACGGAGAAAUCCUAGAGCAAGUGUCAAGAUUUAUCUACCUAGGAGUGACAGUAUCCAGUGAACGACGCAUCGUAGAAGAAGUCCGAACACAGGCGCACAAAGUAGAUAAGAUCGGAGGCUGCCUCAGAGAUAUAGUCUGGAACAACAAAACCAUGAGUCACAAAGCGAAAACACGCAUAUACAAAGCGUGUGUGAGACCAGUGCUCACAUACGCCGCCGAAACGAGGGCAGAAACGUCGACAACGAAGAGAAUGGCGAGAACAACCGAAAUGAGGAUACUAAGAUCAAUCAAAGGGAUAACACUCAGAGACCAUGUGAGGAGUUCAGACAUAAGGGAAGAACUGGAGGUGCAGGAUGUCGUCAGAUGGGUGAGAGCACGCAGGAGGUUCUGGAGAGACCACGUGGAGAGGAUGCCGGAUGAGAGACUAGCCAAAUGGGCGGAAACACAAAAACCCAGCACACGCAGACCAUUAGGGCGCCCUCCAAAGCGUUGGAAAGAGAGCUGGAACUCGUUGUCCCAGGAAACACAAUAA